CUUUGCAUGCUGUAGCCGCCGGAGAACCAUCCAUACACGCUGAACAUGUCGGAUUUAAGUGAGUUUUUGCGUAGUCGAGGGGUCCCAGAUGAAGCAAUUACAUUACUGGAAGAACAAAAGAUUGACAGCGACGUCAUCAUGCUCAUGGAUGAUGCAAAGCUGGCAAAUUACAUCCCCUCCUAUGGAGACCGAAUCGCCCUCUUCAAUUACUGCAAAAGUAAAAAGCCCAUCUCAAAGCGAAAACAUGGGCUUUUAGAAAAACUUCGUGAGAGCAUGAAAGUCAGAAAGGAAGGCACCAAGGAAAACAUAUCACAUGCUGACACAAGAACAACACAAAGAAAGAAGCUAAAAACAACACGAAAUGUAGAGAUAGGAUGGAUUCACAGUGACGGUCACAUUGCCAAACAGGUGAGGGCAAAGCAGGGAGGUGGCACCAGAAAAAUUCAAUUGGCAGUUGAUGCUGGAUUAAAUGACAUCCUUCAAGAAGGAAAGAAACUUUUUUUCCCAGAUGGAAUAUCUCCUAAAGGACCAGAAUCAGAUUUUGAGUUUGAGGUAUGGGACUUCAAACAGAACCACCUUACUGAUGACACACGCCUGUCCAUUGGCACUAUGUAUGAGACUGCAAGGCUCACAAUGUUGCGCUUUUACAUUGCAACAAAGCCAAAAGAUCUUGAAGAUGAUGCCAGCGAGACAUCUGAAGUCAUUCUUGUAUCUGCACACAGUGGCAAUGAAAUCAAUACAGCAGAACUACAAGUGGGAGAGGUCAUUCUUGUUUCUGAAGAAGUCCAGUCUUCUUUAAAUGUGCCUGUGGACUCUGAAAUUACUUUUGGUUCUAAUUACAGCACUGCAGAUGACACAGAGGACACAUUGAUCUAUGAGGGAUUUCUUAUGCCCACCAGUCCAGCUCGUCCAGAGGAUGUGAUUAUUAUCACCAUAUAUCAUGCUAACACUUUUAAUGACAUGAUUACAGCUUUCUCGGAUGAAGAGAUUUUAAACAAAGCACUGCAUGUGAGGCGCAUACUUCCAGACAACAAAGAAGAAGCAGGCAAUGGAUCUGGGGUCUUAAGAGAUGUCCUCAGCUGCUUUUGGCAAGAAUUCUAUGAUCGAUGUACACUUGGUACAACAGUUAAAGUGCCCUUCAUUCGCCACGACUUCCCUGCUGAAAAAUGGAAGGCAGUUGGCAGAAUCCUUGUGAAAGGUUACCAAGAUUGUCAAUAUUUGCCAAACAAACUUGCACUCCCCUUCCUUGAACAGGUGCUUUUCAACAAUGUGUAUAGUGAUCUUAAAGCACAUUUUCUGCAGUUUGUGAGCAGCCAAGAACGUGAGGUUUUGAUGCAGGCAAUGAGUAAUUUCUCUGGAGUUGACUCUGAUGAUCUUGUGGAGGUUCUAGACAGCUAUGGCUGUAGAAGAAUAAUCACAGCGGAGACUCUUCCUACAAUAGUUGAUGAAAUAUCGCACAAAGAACUUGUCCAAAAACCCAUGUUUGUCAUUGACUGCUGGAGGGAGGUCACCCAUCAUCAGCUCUCUCUCAGUCAAGAAGCACUGACAAAGUUGUUCUCUGACCUGCAACCUACCACAAAAAAGGUAUGCAAUCUGCUGAAAUCUGGCACUGAUUUGACUACAAAACAGAAGGAAGUAAUAAAUCAUCUGAAAAGAUUCAUCAGAGAGCUAGAUGAAAUUAAACUUCAGAAAUUCCUGCGGUUCUGCACUGGAUCUGAUCUCAUAGUUACAGACAGCAUCUAUGUGGAAUUUGAAAAAAUGACAGAGUUCACAAGAAGACCAGUUGGGCACACAUGUGGGAAGAUUUUGCAUAUAGCUGACACCUAUGAGAACUUCCCAGAUUUUCGCUCAGAAUUUAAUGCAGUUCUUGAAAGCAAUGUGUGGGUAAUGGACAUUGUUUAGAUUGACAAAACCUAUCCCACAACAAGCCACUGUUAAGACUUUUCACAUUUGAAGUUUGAACUAAUGCAGGAUUUCAAGGAUAAAAAUGCAAGGAAGUGUGAGGAAUAGACCCUUAAAGUCAGACAUGUUACUCCAGCUGUGCAGAAGGAAGCCCAUCUUUUGCUACAAAAACUAUAUUAUCCCUAGUUUCAUGUGUUUUGGUGGUGCAUUAACAUACCACAACAAACUGUCAUACUGACCAUUACCAAAGCCAGUUUCAUCUCCAACAGACCAAGUUAUCUAACUGUACAACCCAAACCUUGUUGCUGGACAAAAACAUGUUUUGUUUGUUUAAUUGAGGUUAAGGUUUCCAUUCCAACAGCAGCAACAACUGUGUCAUGCUUCAUCACUGCACUCUAAAAACAAACGGUGCUAUAUAGCACCAAAAGUGGUUAUUUGCUCGUAAUCAUAGAAGAACCAUUUUUUGUGCCAUAUAGCACCAGUGAAGCACCUGUGAAGAAACAUAUAGGGGCAAUAAAGCAGCACAUAUGGUUCUUCAUAGCACUAUAUGGUUCUACACAGGUGCCUCACCAGUGCUAUACGGCACUAAAAAUGGUUAUUCUAUGAUUACGAGCAAAUAACCAUUUUUAGUGCUAUAUAGCACCGUUUGUUUUUAGAGUGUGCUUUAUGCAGUCAGCUAUAUCAGCUAUAGGAUUUUUGUAAGUUGCAAAAUAAUGACCCAUGUGAAUGUUGUGUGUAAACAACCAUUCAAUUUCAGCCAGAAGUGUUCCGAAGCCACAACUGACUAUUGGCUGAAAUGUCAUGUUGGACCAGCAAGCGCAUUGUUCUAGUCAGACUAGUUCAUCUAUUCAAUUUUUUUUUAAGUCUGCACUAAUUACCAUACAUAAUCUAAAAGUAAGGCUGGCAGUAACACUAUUGUUAAUUUCCCAGUCUAUACAAUUUUCCCAUGGCUUUUGCAUUAGCCAUGUUUGUGUUUGCUGGAUUUAAUUGAAUUCAGGUCUUUAAGGUUUAAAUACUUGAUUAUUGUUAAAAUACCACUUCCUAGUUAGUGAAAGCAGGUCUGAAGUGUAUGUUUUUUUUUUACUGUUUGAUAUUGCACAUGCACUAUACAAUGCAGUCUGGUAAUUGUGCGUUCUUACAUUACCUUGUGAAUCAACACAUUUGAUACUAGCAAUGCUAAAUGGCUGUAGUUGUUUAGGAAUACAUGUUACAAACUCUCAGGAUCUCAUUUUAAUUAAAUACGAGAAGGUAUUUCUUUGUUUGUAAGCAAGUCUGGCAUAUAGCUUUGCAGGUUGUCAUAAGCAUUAACACUUGCCUUAAUUCUACACUACGUGUAUGAUUUUGAUUUUAUGAUAGGCUAUAACGUUUGAGGUAACAGGCCAUGGUUGAAUAGCCAAUGUUGACCUGAGGUGUUAAUGAUCUUUUACAUUAGGUUACUGUUGUAGAAGAUGCAUCGAUAGAGGCUAUACGAGAUGUUAAGGCAUUUUAUUUUUUUAAAGCAUCCAUAUAAAAUUGCAUGCUUCAUAUACUGCAUUUAUUAUGUAGAAUUUGUCAUGUGGUGUUCAUGCACUUUUAGCUUGUGACCAUCUCUUUAGUUAAGAUUUCUUUUAAGCCUCUUUACUGUAAACAUGUUAAAUGUUACUUUUAAUAGUCAAAUGUUAGUUUAAAAAGUCAUGUUAUAUGCACUUUACAGACCAGGCUAUGUGGUUAUGAGGUUUAACCAU